AGGAGAUUCUACAUAUCAACAGAAAGAACAAAGAUCAGGACUGCCUAAUUGCUGACAUGAUGGGACUCACCGACGAGGUGUUCCUGAUUGUGUGUGGCACUCAAUUCACACUGGGAAUUCUGGUCAAUGGUUUCAUUGGUUUGGUCAAUGGUAGGAGCUGGUUCAAGACCAAGAGAAUGUCUUUGUCUGACUUCAUCAUUGCCACCCUGGCACUCUCGAGGAUCAUUCUGCUGUGUAUUAUCUUGACUGAUAGUUUUUUAAUAGUAUUCUCUGUCAACGAACAUGAUUCAGGGAUAAUAAUGCAAAUUAUUGAUGUUUUCUGGACCUUUACAAACCAUCUGAGCAUUUGGUUUGCCACUUGUCUUGGUGUCCUCUACUGCUUGAAAAUCGCCAGUUUCUCUCACCCCACAUUCCUCUGGCUCAAGUGGAGAGUUUCUAGGGUGAUGGUAUGGAUGCUGUUGGGUGCACUGCUCUUAUCCUGUGGUAGUACCGCAUCUCUGAUCAAUGAGUUUAAGCUCUAUUCUGUCCUUAGGGGAAUUGAGGCCACCAGGAAUGUGACUGAACACUUCAGAAAGAAGAGGAAUGAGUAUUAUCUGAUCCAUGUUCUUGGGACUCUGUGGUACCUGCCUCCCUUAGUUGUGUCCCUGGCCUCCUACUUUUUGCUCAUCUUCUCCUUGGGGAGACACACACGGCAGAUGCUGCAAAAUAGUACAAGCUCCAGAGAUCCAAGCACUGAGGCCCACAAGAGGGCCAUCAGAAUCAUCCUUUCCUUCUUCUUUCUCUUCUUACUUUACUUUCUUGCCUUUUUAAUUACAUCAUUUGGUAAUUUCCUACCAAACACCAAGAUGGCUAAGAUGAUUGGCGAGGUAAUGACAAUGUUUUAUCCUGCUGGCCACUCAUUUAUUGUCAUUCUGGGGAACAGCAAACUGAAGCAGACAUUUGUAGAGAUGCUCCGGUGUGAGUCUGGCCACCUGAAGCCUGGAUCCAAGGGACCCAUUUUCUCUUAGAGUAACAGAGGGCCUGGGGUGGAGCCCGUGAGCCUUUUGCCUGGCUCAAGACUACGGGAUUCUUCCUGACCCUCCCAUGAUACCAGUUCCAUAACAUCACUAGGAGAGAAACCCUGACUGCUUUGCCCCUGGUCCCUGAGGACCUCUUCCAAGGUGAAAGCCAUGCUUCUCACGACCUCUGUCUGUAUGGUGGUUGCGGAAGUGGGGAGGGCGCAGGAGUAGUAGUGUUUUGGAAAUGACAAUGUUGUAAGAACACUCUCACUA